GGCUGCUGCGCUGUUUGUGUGUCGGGCCCUUGCCUGGUACUCCCCAGGUCUUCCCAGCUGGUGCCUGCUCCCUCAGAUCUUCUUCCAGGACUCCCUGCUGUGGUUUUCCUUGGAGGACUCAGUAUCUGAGAUUUUUGUCUGGCAACAUUUGUUCCUCCUUUUUACUGAUCAGACGGAGCACCUGGGAGAGCUGACCCACGUGAACUUGGCAGCAGAAGCAAACAUCCCUCCCUUGCUGGUGGACAGCUUCUUGCUUACUGGCUUGUUGAGGUGCUACCCUACCAGGGCUCGCAGCCGCUGCCAGGAUGGUGCGGAUCUUGGCCAAUGGGGAGAUUGUGCAGGACGAUGACCCCCGGGUGAGGACCACUGCUCCUGCAGCGGCAGCGAGAGGCAGCGGUGGUUCCCGACAGGGCUUUCUCCAUAGGGGCCACGGGGCCGCUCCAGGAGGCCCUGGUCCCCGCCAGCAGCAGCAGCAGGCAGGUGCCAGGCUGGGAGCUGCGCUGUCCCCCUUCCACGACCUCAACCGGCAGCUGGUGCACAUGGGCUUCCCACAGUGGCAUCUGGGCAACCACGCUGUGGAACCUGUGACCUCCAUCCUGCUCCUCUUUUUGCUCAUGAUGCUCGGCGUCCGGGGCCUGCUGCUCGUGGGCCUGGUCUACCUGGUGUCCCACCUGAGUCAGCGGUGACCCCCGGGUCUGGCAGGGCAGCAUGCCAAGCAGGACUUUCUGGACCUUGGUGUGGGAGCAGGUUCCCUGGGGGAAGGGGUCUGAGGAGCCUUGGUGGUGUGAAGUAGCAGGGCUUGGGGGUUGUGUUUCCUGGUGAUGUUCAGUAUGAGGCAGAGAGAGUGUGUGAUCCGGCUGUCCCAUUCCUGUCCUGGUCUGCUUAAGAUGUAUUUGGGUGGUGCAGGGCAUGGAAUCGGAGUGAGAAAAAGACUCUCCAGGUUUCUUGUCAUCCUUUUAUGCCCAGGAGAGUCUUGUCCAGGUGCUGGCAUGUUCUGAGGCCCCUGGCAUUCCCGCUGGCCUCCCAUACCCGGGGAGCAAGACAUGGGCGUGUCAGAUUCCUGACCAUGCCAGCGCUCUGUUUGGUUCAGUGACAUGUUUUUCUGCGCAUCUUUUAUUGCUGAGGGGGGGGGAGGGGGACUGGUCUUGUACUUCCUGUGAUAUUUUCAAUAAAUGGAUUGA